AUGUUCAGACGUUACUUUGGCAGUUUUGUGCUGCCAGUGCAGUUUAGGAUACCUCCAGGAACUGUUCGCAGGCCCCUGUUGCUCCCAAGUAGGUUUGUUACUUCGACUGUUAACGGGUUCCAUACAAAUUGUAUCCAAUAUCAUUCUAACGAUGGUGCUGAAAAGAGAGGGGAUUUUAAACACGUCGGUAGUAUCAAGAUAGAUAAACCGUUGCUGAUGAUUGCGUUUACUUGCAAGAAAUGCAACACUAGGUCCUCGCAUUCGAUGUCUAAGCAAGCAUAUACUAAAGGAACUGUUCUGAUUCAGUGUCCGGGUUGUACGAAUAGACAUCUGAUUGCUGACCAUCUUAAGAUCUUCAACGAUAAUCACAUUACCAUCGAAGAUAUCAUGAGGUCGAAAGGAGAAUCAGUAGCAACGACUACUGAUGAUCUUGCUUUUGAGGAUAUUCCUGAUUCGUUAAAGCAGGUCAUCGGCCACCAUGCAAAAGACGCUCCUCAGCACAUCAACGAAAACUCGAACAAGCCUGUACAUAAAUUGCCAUCGCAAAGUUCGACUGCUGGGAGCACUAAUGGAAGCAGAUGA